UCAUUAUUUUACAGUUCUUUCAAUUCUUUAAGCUCGUUACUAAAAUAAGAUUAUGACAACUUUAGUUUCCAAAAUUAUGUUAUCUCCCGUCAGUGUUGUGUGCAUGUUGCUGUUGUUUUCGAGCACAGCAUGCAAUGCACAGCUGACUUCAACAUUCUAUGGUACAACUUGUCCGAAUGCACUCACUACUAUCAGAACUUCCAUUAGGAAUUCAAUUGCGGCCGAACGAAGGAUGGCUGCGUCUCUCAUUCGCUUGCAUUUUCAUGACUGCUUCGUUCAGGGUUGCGAUGCCUCUAUCUUGCUUGAUGAGACAGCAACAAUUCAGAGUGAGAAAACUGCACUGCCUAACUUUGAGUCUGCAAGAGGUUUUAAUGUCAUUGAAAAAGCAAAAGCUGAAGUAGAGAAAAUAUGUCCUGGAAUUGUAUCCUGCGCGGAUAUUCUCGCUGUGGCAGCAAAGGAUGCAUCGGCUUAUGUUGGAGGUCCGUCAUGGACAGUGAUGCUUGGAAGAAGAGACUCGACUACUGCAAGCCGAACACUAGCCAAUAGUGAUCUUCCGAGCUUUAGAGAUGGCGUUGACAGGCUUGUAUCGAGGUUUCAGGAUAAAGGACUUAACGCACGGGACAUGGUUGCUCUGUCAGGAGCACAUACACUUGGCCAAGCUCAAUGCUUUCUAUUCCGCGACAGGAUUUACAACAACGGAUCCGACAUUGAUGCUGGAUUCGCCAGCACUCGCCGCCGCGGUUGUCCAGCUGUUGGUGGUGAUACAAACUUGGCUCCGCUUGAUUUGGUGACACCAAAUUCUUUUGACAAUAAUUACUUCAAGAAUUUGAUCCAGAAAAAAGGUCUUCUUGAAUCUGAUCAAAUCCUUUUCAGUGGCGGUUCUACAGACAGCAUCGUCUCGGGGUAUAGCUCGAAUCCUGCGACUUUUAGCUCCGAUUUCGCAUCUGCCAUGGUCAAAAUGGGAAAUAUUGAUCCUCUCACAGGAUCUGCCGGUCAAAUUAGGAAAAUCUGCAGUGUUGUAAACUAAUUUUUGCUUGUUUCUUGAAUUUUCUUGUGGCUUUGUCUAGAAUAAUUAAAUUGUGGAUACUUUAUCUUGUAUUUCCUUUAUUUGUAUGUGUUUUUUUCUUUGUUUCUUUUUUAUUUAUCAAGUGUAAAUUGUGUAAUUUCAAAAGAAUAAAUAUUCUUCCCAAUUUAGUAA